UGCCACGGGUAUUUGCAAUUGCCCUCCUUAUCUUUUAUCUUUUGUUUUGAGACAGUUGAUUCCUUGUCAUCUUUGCUUAUGGUGACGACGCAUUUUGAAAGCCUUUGGUGGAGACACAAGGGAUCUAUUUGCGGUGGCUUGUAGCCUCUUUGAGGGGUUGUUCAACGGCGGGGUUGCCUGUCUCUUUGAACUGGGACGAUAUCAUCAUCCAGGGGCGAAGAAACAAGAAAAAGGGAACCUUUGUCAGGUGAAAUUGUUCGACUUGAACAACGAACAAGUUGAUGCCUUCAAAAGAAUCCGAAAGGAAAAAUGAAGAAAGGACGUUGCGCCUGACCAAGUAUGAGAAGGUCAAUAUGAAUAUAUCUAUUUUCAUCAAAUGCCUCUUUGUUGAGCAAUCAUGCAGCUCUUGUUUGUUAUGCUUUUCACUCACGCAUAUAAUAUAGCCGCCGAUAUAGAUUGCCAGGAUGAAAACGUAAUGCUAAACCAUGCCCGCAUAUCCUACAAUUGAUCACUCACCAUCCGUUCAUAGCCAACAUGUCAUCACUGCUACCCCAUCUCAACGUGCGCCGCAGAGCGGUAAGACCUGAUGGUGCUCUACCUGCUAAAAACUACUUUGCUGUCCAAUCAGCCCUGAUUCGCGGCGACAGAGAUGUGACACUUGACAAUACGAGCAGAAUCCUUUCACGCGACUGCGACGCACUUGCACUUCCCUAUGAAGAUCUCGAUAUGCCACAAGACCAAGAAUUCGAAUUCCCCUUUGCUGACGACUAUUCCGAAUCUCAUAGCAAUGAUACUGACCAGCCAAGCAUCGUGAAAGACUAUAUUGAACUCUUCAAUUGGGAUGGCUUCAGGCUCGAAUGGGUCAAAGUCCUCGGCCAAGGUGGCUUUGGCAUGGCCACGCUCUGGAACGUCAUAUUUGAUGAUGAAAGCAUCAUGAAAGCUGUCAUCAAGAUACCUAUCCAUAUGAACGGCACAUUUAGGGAUGAGUUAGAGUGGCAUCUUAGAUAUAGAGGCGCUUCCCAUGUCACCCAGAGCCUGAAUCUGCAAGAGAUUGCUGACAAUGUUAGACGCAGAAUAAACAGAGAACACUUGAUCAACCGGGGAACCAGGUUCGAUCAGAAGCAGCUGAAUAUUCUUGUUUUGGAGUACGCAGAGCACGGGUGUCUUUUUGACAUCAUGUCCAAGGCCUCAUAUUUUGAUGUUCGGUUUUCGAAUAAGGUGCUGUGGGAGAUUUGGGAGUGCUUGGUUAAAGGUGCUGUGUCGGUAGCACUUCAGCCAGAUUCAAUACAGCGAUGGAGCCCUGAUAGUCUUGAUAUGAUAUUGAAUUCGCUGGAUGAUCCACAAAAUGCUGGUGAAUUGCUAAGACUCAGUACAUUGAUUGAUAGCCACGAUGUGCAUUUUGACUUGGAAGAGCAAAAUAUUCUCAUUGCUGAAGAUGAUCACCACUCGCAUCAUCCCAUAUUAAAGUUUCAUGAUUUUGGAGCCUAUAGCCAUAAGAUGAGCCAGUGCUGGGAUUACUGGGAGCAUCAAAACUAUUGGAGAGCGAGAAGGUGUCCCAAAAAUAAUCGGACUCCUCCGGAAACUAUUACCAAAGAUUGGGACAAGAUCGAUCUAAGCCGCCCAGGUUCAAUAUUACAGUACACGGGAGACACCUUUGGGCCAGAAAAGAAUGAGGUUGCAGGGCGAUACGGCACAUGGACGAAUAUCUUCACCAUUGGCAAAAUUAUGGAGUCUGUGAUAACAAAAAGCUGGUCAUCACACCCAAUGACGACAAUGAAAUAUGAGGCUGGGGACGAACGAUGCUUCGGCGACUCGUAUGCCUGGCGUCUGUGUCAGCCACAAUAUGAAUACAUUGAGCCGGAGCUUCUCGACCAGAUUGCGCAAUGCCAGUUUGAGAAACCAAAGGAUCGUCCUGAGCUUAGCUAUCUCUUGAGGCAUGUGUGUAAGCGUAAGCAUCUCGGCUUUGACGAGAGCGAUGAUGAGACGCGCUCCUUUUGGGACGCCUUUUGGGCACGUACGAGGACUAAUUCAGAUGGCCAGCCUCCGUCCAACCCUUUCUCAGACUCACAAGCUAUGACAGUUGUGGGUGGAGAUUCGGGAAGCCGGAGAGAUUAUCCCACUGACUAUCCCACUGAUCGCGGUCAGCGUGAGUAUCGGUCAGAUCCUUUUGCACGAACUUCUUUUCCACUUCCUCCAGCACCAUCUCCUCCGUCACUGUAUGAUGAGAUCGGGAACCCUCUCAUUACACAUGUUGCUGCUCUCCGACACAAAAGCAGACGAUCGCUCCUUAGUGUUUCGUCAGAAGGGUCGUUGCCAGGCCCGUCCCGGAGGCCAGCCUUUUCCACAGACCUGCAAACGAUGACAUCAAAUCCCCUAGCAAGCUCUCCAGCAGAUAUUUCAGCUUCUUUUGGCGGAAUCCAGAGGAAGCAGCCGUCUUCUGGAUCUUCUAGUGACGACUCAGACGGCAGGGUGCCGUUACAUGAAACGAAAAGAGCUACAAACGAUUUAGUUCCUGUCUCAUCAGCAUCUUCACUGAAUGGAGGUGUUCUUCUACGAGGGACAAAUAAAAGUCCCAUAGUAUCAGCAUCGCCAUCAAAUAGAGGAGUGCCUUUACGAGAAACAAAGGCAACAAAGAAGAAUUCAAAAACUUUCUUAUUCUCAUCGUCAGGGAGCGCACACACGACUUGGCGGGUAUCGAAGAGGACGAAGAAGCAGCCAGUCAAAUCAGUGAGAUUCGCAAACGCGGCUGUACUCGACGAUGUCAUAUCUCAAUCUAUGGGCGAUGAUCCUACGCGCCUGAAUUUUGCAUGGCCCAUUAUGUCCAUGGCGCCAAGACGCAUCCCAAAUAUUCUGGACAUGGACGUGCGCGAUGGCAAUCGCCUUGCCAGGUAUCCCGCGAUAUCGCCGAGAUGCUUACCAGACGUUCUGGACGUUGAUGUGCGUGAUGGCAAUCGCCUUGCCAGGUAUGCUGCGAUAUCACCAGAGAGAUUGGACUUGCCGCAGCGCAGUGGCGUUUUCUCAUUUACGAAGAAGUCUGAUCCGUCUUAUUACGAGAGUAUAGAUGAAGAAGGUUCGCGGUUGCAGUUUGAUGCUAGUAUGAUGCAGGCUAAUAGUACAGGUUUUGCUCCGAUGGAAGUUAUUCCUGAAGAAACGGACAGUCGAAUGGACUUGGAUUGA